AAUAUAAAAGUCGGCUUGUCAACGCCUUGGGUGGCGCCAGUUUUGAACGCUGCUGUUUGAGUCGCCUGGUUGUUUUUCUGGGUGUCGCCGGGAUUGUAGAACGCGAUGACCGUCCCCUCUGCAGAGGAGUUGGACUCUUUCAAGUACAGCGACCUGCAAAAUUUAGCCAAACGGCUGGGCCUCCGGGCUAACCUGAGGGCAGACAAGUUGUUACGAACCUUGAAAGCCCACCUGAAUGCAGAAACAAGGAAAGAGAAUCUAAAUCAGGAUGAGAAUCAGUCUUCUGCAUCCUCCUGUGAUGAGACUGAGAUACUCAUUAACCGUAAGGAGCAAGCUGGGAGGGAACCUGCUGCUCAUGCCACCAAAACAAGAAGGAAGCGCAAGACAGUCCAUGGAAUUCCUGACUUCCAGGAUGAUUCUGAGAUGAAAGGAAGUGAUCCUACUACAUUACAGAAUCAAGGAAAACAGGAAAAUCAAGACCUCAGAACUACUACAAAAGUUCCUUCUUUGCCAGACCAGAGCCAACAAGAUGGGAGUGCAGCUUCCUCAGGAAAAUGUGGGGUCGAUGACAAUAAAGAUUCAAAGAGGCCUUUGGGAAAAAGAUCUCUAUCCAUGGAUGGGUCUUCCAAACUUGGAAACAAUAAAAGGACUGCAGCUUCUACACCAAACUUUAAGAGGCUUCAUGAGGCUCAUUUUAAGAAAAUGGAAUCCAUUGAUGAAUAUAUUGUGAGAAAAAAGAAACACUUGAACGAACACAACUCACUUAAUGAACUAACGCAGCUUGAGAAGAAAGGAUUAGUGACCCCAGUUCCAGCAAGAGGAAGACUCUCUGUACCCUGUACUCCUGCCAGGCAGCAGUUCUCACAAGACCAGUCCCAUGGCCCUGAAAGUCAGGGUACUAUUUGUCUGAAGGGGUCAGACAAACACUCUGUGCUUUCAGCAACUAAAAUGAAUGUCAGGUUCUCAGCUGCUACUAAAGACAAUGAACAUAAGUGCUCACUGACCAAAACUCCAGCCAGAAAGUCUCCACAUGUGACCCUACCUGGGAGUGCUGCAAAAGGCCAGGCUGUGUUCAGGACACCCAAGUUAACGACCACUGAGAGGGCUUUUUUAAAGACUACACCCGCAGUUAUUACCCCAUUCAAGUUGACAACUGGAGCAACACAGACUCCAGGCUCUAGUAAGAAACCGGUAUUUGAUCUCAAGGCAAGCUUGUCUCGUCCCCUGAAUUACAAGCCACACAAAGGAAAACUGAAACCUUGGGGGCAAUCUAAAGAGAAUAGUUCUCUGAAAGAGGGUGUAAGCAGAGUUAGCAUCCACAGGAAAACUUACAAACAGCCUCAUCUCCGCACCAGGGAAGAACAACGGAAGAAACAUGAGCAAGAACGAAAGGAGAGGAAAGCAAAGGUUUUGGAAGCUCGAAGAAACCUGGUUAUGACUAAAGCCCAGUAAUCCUGUCGAUUCCUUUACUUCCAACUUGUUUUCCUUUUGUAAAUAUGUUUAUACUUUCAUCUACUUUAGUCAAAAGCUCUUUUUCUACCAUAUAUUUCCAUCAUAAUUUGUGGAGUAUCUGUUCUUCAUGUGCUAUAGCUCUGGAAAAUAUAUUCUCAUCUUAAAGUUCAUAACUAAAGUGGUUUUCACCUGAUGUCCUGUACAACUCUGCUUUUGAAGAGACCUGUGUUUGGGUUCUUGCCAUAGGUUUUUCAUGUCAAGGUCCUGCUAGUUCUAACAGAGACAACCUGUGUCCUUUCCUGGACAAGAGCGUUUCCCUCAUGGCAGGAAGCCACAGCAGGAGCCUAGCAUGAGACUGUGGGUGAGGUAAAACCCACAGGGAGGGGGAGGCAGGAGAGGCCACCUCUUUGAUCACUAGUCUGGAAAGUCUAAUAAUCGUAUUAAUUUGGUUAUGGAUCAGUAUUUUAUCAAGGUAAAACAUGUUUUAGUUUAUAGGAGCCUUGUUCAGAUCAUUUCAUGUAAUUGCCAACUUUUUCUCAUUAUAUUUUAAAAAUAGAAUUCCUCAGCUCUUUCUUUGUUAAAUGAAAGCCAUAGGGCAAAGUGUAUGCCUCAGUUGUACAGCUUUGUCUACCACACACUUGACCCUGGUACCAUCACAAACAAAAUGAGAAUUGCUGCUGUACAAGUUACCACCUCUGUCAGACUUAACUCUUAUUAACUGUGAGAGAGGAGAGCAGCUAAGCAUAGCUUUCAGUUCCUUGCUCUGCCAUGUAGAGAUUCUGAGUUGUGUGUAAUGUUUAUGAUUUUCAUAAAUAAAAAUAUUGUUUCACUUUGAUA